AACGUGUGGGAAUCGGAAGCUCCGUGUUGUCUCUCUGCAUCAGCUUUGCGCUCUCAUGUCACAGGCACAGCACAUCCGGUGGAGUGACACGUCAAAGUAAGAGCGGUAAUUUCACAAUAAAAUUCUCUAUAUUAAAAUGCAUUGAAACGCGCCUGAAAGGCAGAACAAUGUAUUUUCCAAAGUUACAGGGAGCCACAACAGAGGGCUGAAAGAGCCGCAUGUGGCUCCGGAGCCGCGGGUUGCCGACCCCUGAUUUAGACUGUCACCUCAAGGACUGGCGACUGGGAAGAAAGACAAUAAGAAACCUUCUUACAAGGUUUCAGCGUUAAUUGAUUCAUUUAUUCAUGAUGUUAAACCGCUAAUGAUAUUUCCCAAGCUAAUAAAAAAUCUUGACAGGAGAGACCUGGACAGGUCACCAGUCUGUCACAGGACUACAUAUACAGACAAUCACACUCACAUUCACACCGACUGACAAUUUAGAAUAAUCAAUUAACUUCAGCAUAUUUUUGGACUGUGGGAGGAAGUCAGAGUACCCAGAGAAAACUCACGCAUGCACAGGGAGAACAUGCAAACUCCAUGCAGAAAGAUCCCAGGAAGGGACGCGAACCAGGGAUCUUCUCGCUGCAAGCCAAAAGUGCUAACCACUAGACCACUGUGCAGCCCACCAUUUUACUGUGUAUUAUAUAAAAUAUAGCUAACUACCGUUAAUCUGUUGACAGAGUUCAGCUGUUAGCCAUUAGCUCACUCGCUAACCUUCACUAUAGCCACAAUAAAUCCUCUGAUACAUGAACGUUGCUUUACGUUGACUUAAGGUUGCACUAAUGUUAUUGUUGCAGCCAGAGACACGGUCCUCAUUGUCACAGCGGUGGUGAUUUUAUUUCUGCACUUUAGUAAAUAAACAGGCAAAGUCUGCCUUCAUGUCUUCUCUGCUGCAGAUGUUCCAGUUUACUUUAAGAUAAGAUCAAAUUUAUUGAUCCCCCAGUGGGGAAAGUUCACUGUUACAGCAGCUGCAAAUGAGAGAAAAUAUUAAAGACAGUACAGAAUAAUUUCUGAAGAAUAAUACUUGAAGGCUGUAAACUCUCUGGAUUAAACUUAAAAGCCCAAUCAGAGAUAAUGAUACCAUCAACAGAUAAUGGUAUCGACCAGAGAUGUGUCCAUCCAUUAUUUAUCCACAAUUUGAUCCUUUAGAUUCAUCCAGCUGAGAAAAAACACAACAUAAGAGGUGAUCAGUGGAGCAGCUGAUGUUUCUACAGCACACAUGAUGAUCAGGAGGACUUCAGUGGAGCUGAAUGAUGUGUUUCCUCUGCAGGUGGAGGUAGAAAGUGUUUGUGAGCCGGUGUGAGUUCAGCAGCAUGGAUCAGUGUGAGGACUGUCAGAGCUCUGUGUGUGGAGAUCAGAAGAACCAGAGCAAAGAUCAGAGUGAGGGACCUGGACCUGGACCUGGACCUGGACCUGGACCUGGACCUGCAUCCAGCUGUGUGUCCUUUAAGAGCACCUGGUCAAAGGAUAUUGUUGAAGAAUUUAAACAAAAACCUUCAUCAGACAAUCAAUUAGAUGAGGAGAUCUCAGAGAUUCCCAGGAUUCAGUCUGAACAGCAGCAUGACCUGGACUCCAUAUUCACGCUGCUGGAGGAAAACAUCAGCACUUUUGUGAAGAAAGAGCUGAAGAAGAUCCAGAAGGUUCUGAGUCCAGAUUACCCAGAAUGCUCAGAGAGUCAGAGAGAGGAAGAGGAGGAGUUGGAGGAUGAAGAACAGAUGAGGAGCAGAGAGAUGUUUCAUCAGAUCACAGUGUUGUUCCUGAGGAGGAUGAAGCAGGAGAAGCUGGCUGACCGUCUGCAGAGCAAGCUUUUUGGUCCAGUUUGUCAACGUAAACUCAAAUGUGACCUGAAGAAGAAGUUCCAGAGAGUGUUUGAGGGCAUCGCUAAAGCAGGAAAGUCGACCCUCCUGAAUGAGAUCUACACAGAGCUGUACAUCACAGAGGGAGGGACUGCAGAGGUCAAUGAUGAACAUGAGGUCAGACUGAUUGAAGCAGCAUCCAGGAAAGCAGACAGAGCAGAAAGAAGCAUCAGAGCAGAAGACAUCUUUAGAGGCUCACCUGGAAGAGAUGGACCAAUCAGAACAGUGAUGACACAGGGAGUGGCUGGCAUCGGGAAAACAGUCUUAACUCAGAAGGUCACUCAAGAGUGGGCUGAAGACAAAAGCAACCAGGACAUCCACUUCAUGUUUCCAUUCACCUUCAGAGAGCUGAAUGUGCUGAAACAGAAAAAGUUCAGCUUGGUGGAACUUGUUCAUCACUUCUUCAGUGAAACCAAAGCAGCAGGAAUGUGCAGGUUUGAAAACUUCCAGGUUGUGUUGAUCUUUGAUGGUCUGGAUGAGUGUCGCCUUCCUCUGGACUUCAAGAAAAAUAAGAACCUGACUGAUGUUACAGAGUCCACCUCAGUGGAUGUGCUGCUGACAAACCUGAUCAGGGGGAAUCUGCUUCCCUCUGCUCGCCUCUGGAUAACCACACGACCUGCAGCAGCCAAUCAGAUCCCUCCUGACUGUGUGGACAUGGUGACGGAGGUCAGAGGGUUCACCGACCCACAGAAGGAGGAGUACUUCAGGAAGAGAUCCAGAGAUGAGGAGCAGGCCAGCAGCAUCAUCUCCCACAUGAAGACAUCACGAAGCCUCCACAUCAUGUGCCACAUCCCAGUGUUCUGCUGGAUCACUGCUACAGUUCUGGAGGAGUUGCUGAGAAGCAGAGAGGGAGGAGAUCUGCCCAGAACCCUGACUGAGAUGUACAUCCACUUCCUGGUGGUUCAGGCCAAAGUCAAGAAGGUCAAGUAUGAUGGAGGAGCUGAGACAGAUCCACACUGGAAUGAAGAUAGCAGGAAAAUGAUUGAGUGUCUGGGAAAACUGGCUUUUAAUCAGCUGCAGAGAGGAAACCUGAUCUUCUAUGACUCUGACCUGACAGAGUGUGGCAUCGAUGUGGAAGCAGCCUCAGUGUACUCAGGAGUGUUCACACAGAUCUUUAAAGAGGAGACAGGACUGUACCAGGACAAGGUGUUCUGCUUCAUCCAUCUGAGUGUUCAGGAGUUUCUGGCUGCUCUUCAUGUCCAUCUGACCUUCAUCAACUCUGGAAUCAACCUGCUGGAAGAACAACAAACAACAUCCUGGUGGUCAAAACUGUUCAGAGAGAAAGUUGAUCCAACACGUUUCUACCAGAGAGCUGUGGACGAGGCCUUACAGAGUCCAAACGGACACCUGGACUUGUUCCUGCGCUUCCUCCUGGGUCUGUCACUGCCGACCAAUCAGAAUCUCCUACGAGGCCUGAUGACACAGACAGAAAGCAGCUCACAGACCAAUCAGGAAACAGUGAAGUACAUCAAGGAGAAGAUCAGUGAGGAUGUGUCUGUAGAGAGAAGCAUCAAUCUGUUCCACUGUCUGAAUGAACUGAAGGAUGUUUCUCUCGUGGAGGAGAUCCAACAGUCCCUGAGAUCAGGACGUGUGUCCACAGAUAAACUGUCUCCUGCCCAGUGGUCAGCUCUCGUCGUCAUCUUACUGUCAUCAGAAGAACAUCUGGACGUGUUUGACCUGAAGAAAUACUCUGAUUCAGAGGAGGUUCUUCUGAAGCUGCUGACAGUGGUCAAAGCUUCAAAGAAAGCUCUCCUGAGCAGCUGUAACCUCUCAGAGAGAAGCUGUGAAGUUCUGUCCUCAGUUCUCAGCUCAGAGUCCUCCAGUCUGAUAGAACUGGAUCUGAGCAACAACGACCUGAAGGAUUCAGGAGUGGAGCUGCUUUCUGUUGGACUGAAGAGUCCUCAAUGUAAACUGGAAACUCUCAGGCUGUCAGGUUGUCUGAUCACAGAGGAAGGCUGUGCUUCUCUGGCCUCAACUCUGAGCUCCAGAUCCUCCACUGUGAGAGAGCUGGACCUGAAACAUCUGGGCAUGUUUGACCUGAAGAAAUACUCUGAUUGAGAGGCUCUUCUGAAGCUGCUGCCAGUGGUCAAAGCUUCAAAGAAAGCUCUCCUGAGCAGCUGUAACCUCUCAGAGAGAAGCUGUGAAGUUCUGUCCUCAGUUCUCAGCUCAGAGUCCUCCAGUCUGAUAGAACUGGAUCUGAGCAACAACAGCCUGAAGGAUUCAGGAGUGGAGCUGCUUUCUGUCGGACUGAAGAGUCCUCAAUGUAAACUGGAAACUCUCAGCCUGAGCAGCUGUAACCUCUCAGAGAGAAGCUGUGAAGUUCUGUCCUCAGUUCUCAGCUCAGAGUCCUCCAGUCUGAUAGAACUGGAUCUGAGCAACAACAGCCUGAAGGAUUCAGGAGUGGAGCUGCUUUCUGUCGGACUGAAGAGUCCUCAAUGUAAACUGGAAACUCUCAGGCUGUCAGGUUGUCUGAUCACAGAGGAAGGCUGUGCUUCUCUGGCCUCAACUCUGAGCUCCAGAUCCUCCACUGUGAGAGAGCUGGACCUGAGCUACAACCAUCCAGGAGAGGAAGGAAAGAAGAUGCUGUCUGCUGCUCUGGAGGAUCCACACUGCAGACUGGAGACUCUCAGGAUGGAACCUGCUGGAGUCCGAUGGAUGACACCAGGUCUGAGGAAGUAUUCCUGUGAACUGACAGUCGACACAAACACAAUGAACAGAAACCUCCAACUGUCUGACAACAAGAAGAAGGUGACCCAUGUGAAAGAGGUUCAGUCGUAUCCUGAUCAUCCAGACAGGUUUGAUAGCUGGGCUCAGCUGCUGUGUACAACUGGUCUGACUGAUCGCUGUUACUGGGAGGUCCUGUGCAGAGGAGACGUUGAUGUAGCAGUGAGUUACAGAGGAAUCAGAAGGAGAGGAGGUGGUGAGGACUGUGGGUUUGGAAGAAAUGAUCAGUCCUGGUGUCUGGAGUUUUCUGAUCCUAGGUAUUUCUCUGUCUGGCACAACAACAGAAAGAGAAUAUCACUCACCUCUGAAUCCUUGCUCUCCAGUCUACGUAUUGCAAUGAAAGUGUUUCUUUCUGAAGUCUCUAACAGAGUAGUAGCUGUCUAUGUAGACGUUCCUGCUGGAACUCUGUCCUUCUACAGAGUCUCCUCUGACUCUCUGAUCCACCUCCACACCUUCAACACCACAUUCACUGAACCUCUGUAUCCUGGGUUUGGGAUUUGGUCUCGUUCCUCGAUGUCUCUGAGUUGAGUUUAACAGACAGAAUCUCCUCCUGUUAGACAAACUGUCCCUGAACAGACAGUUCAGUCUCUGUUGGUUAAAAACACAUUUUCAGAUUCACGUAAUAAAUCAGUUUCUGUUAGAAAGUGAUCUACAGAAGGAAAGACGACUUUAUGAACCGUGAACAUGAGUUUGGUGUCAAUCCAGACUUCAUCCUGAUUCUAUUUUUCACUUUGUGACAUCAUCACCAAAUGAGACUGUAACCUGUGUGUGAUGUCAAAAUGUGAAUGAAAUAAUCCUUUACAACAACAUUUAGACGUCAGCAGUCCACAUUAAUGUCCAGAGGUUGAUGUUUGUGUGGAACUGCAGCUAAAAGGAGUCUGGGUGAAAAUACAAGUUUCAGAGGCAGAAACAGAGAAGAUCACAGUUGACUAAUUUAAAACUGUGUUGAUCCAAAACUGAAUGAAGAAGUAAAACCUCUGAGCAGAGACGACACUCACUGAAAAUGCUCCAGAGGCUCUCAGAGCUUUGGUUCUUAUAUUUGAAAUGAAACACCAUCUAAAUGCUCUGUGGGGCGACUUUAUACUAGAUACACAUGUGUAAAUAAACUCUGUUUUCAUUGCAGCUGUUGCUCUGUUCAGAUCAACUAAAAGAGAAAACUCACCUCCUCUGACUCCUUGGUGCCAUUUGCAAAGGUUAAUCUUUCUGUGAGCUCAUUUGCAAACGAUGACUGGGAUGAGUGAUCUGCUUCUUUCUUUAGUCAACUUGAUUUUAAACCAUCAUAAGGUGGCAAAAUAUGGAUUUUGACAACAAAAAAGGUGACAGAUACUUUCAUCCAUGGUGGAAAUCAGGGCUUACAUGUGUUUAGAAGAGUUCUGUUGUUGUGGUGAAGUGAAAGUUCCUGCUGCAGUCAUGUGAGAGUGACACUACAACGAACACAAAGGGUGUGUCGCCUCAGCUGGCUCAGACUCUGUGUUUGUGUUUCAUUUCCCUGCCUUUUCUAAUUAAGCAUCUCUGAAAUGUAUUUCAGUAUUAAACUUUUGUGAAAUUUAAA